CUCUCUUCUCUUUCUUUACUUAUCCACUCAAGUUUGUUCAUUGAUACUUUAUUUUCUGUUUUCAUUCAAUUUUGCUCACUUUUUAUCGAUUUUCCUCUCAGAAGCAACUUUUACUCGCUUCUUUUUCCCUCUCAAUUUUGCACAUUAUCAGUUGGAUGAUAGAAAGAGAGAAAAAAGAGAAUGAAAGAAGAUAAAUGUAGAGUGAGCAGUGAGGGAGUCUUGGUUGAUCUGAAAGAGUGAGCAUAAACAGUAUACAACAUUCACUGUCAAUGGGUUACAAGUAACUUGUUCAUUUCUCAUUCAUUUUUUGUAUAUUUUAUGGUUAUUUGUGAACCCGAUUCAUGUUAUUAUAGCAAAAUUGUAUCAAGUGUUAACAGUUUACACUCGAGAACUUAAACAUCCUCAUCAUUGUCACACCAUGAAUGCUAAAGUUGGCGGUGGUAUAUCAACGCUUCCCUUUAUCGCCCUCCUCAAGCCUUCACCAUCUUCACGGUCAACCACUAUGGUGGUACCCUCAGUGGGUGAAGCAGGCAGUCUAACUGGAUUAACCUCAUCAACAUCAACCCCAGCCUCAUCGAUAACAUCAACAACAAGUACAAGUCCAACAGCAACCCUCUUAUCAACAACAUUAACAACAUCAACACCAAGUGUAACAGUAAAUGAUUCAAAUUGUUUAACCAAUAACCAUCAUCAUCAUCACCAUCCUUACUCAAAUAACCACCAUUACCAACCCCACCACCAUCAUCACCAUCAUCAUCUUCACUUUAACCAAGCCAACAACAAUGUCAUUACCAAUGGUACCUCUCAAUAUUCAGGAUCCCGCCUAACAGGUAACAACACUAGUUCAUUUUCAUCGUUUCCCUCGUUGUCCAAUGGACUGACCCCAUCAACCCCAGCCUCUACCACAAUGGCAACUUCAACCGUCUCUUCAACCACAUCAUCAUCACUAUUGACCUCGGCAAGUUCAACUUCAAUAGCCAAUGGUUCAUACAAUACUCUGCCCGCUGGCCGUUAUCGUCACUCGAAAAGUUCGAGUUCAUUGUUUCAGAAAAGCUUAUCAACGGAAACACCAACAGUUAAACUAAUCAAUGGCGAUGUCAGAAAAGGUAACAACACAAGUGUCAACCACAACAACAACAACAUUAACAAUAGAUUGACAAGUAAACAGUUGGGUGAAAGACAAUAUAAAGAUGAUGAAAAGAGUAAAAAUGUUGAUAAGAUUAACGAUAAUUGUGACGAUUUGAGUAAAGUCAAUUUAUCAAUGAACAGUAAAAGCUCAUCAAACAUGGUAAACAGUCAAUCAAUGUAUGAAACUGGAUCAACAUUUAAUCAAAAUGGAUUAACAAGCUCAACCAAUUUAUUACCAGCAACAGUAAAUUCAAGUGAAACACUAACAAAUGGUAAACCUGAAUCACCCAAUUCCAAUGUUAAUUUGAUUAAUAGCAAAGCCUUAAAUAAUAAUGUCAGCACCAACAACAACAAUAGCAACAACAAUGGCAACCUUAAUGGUCACUCUGGUUCCAAUUACCAUUCAUCAGCCUCAUCAUCUUGUCACACCAACAAUUCAAAUUCCUCACCCUUACAACAUCACAACCCUCAUCACAACCCACAUCACCCUCAACCUCAACAUCAUAAUCAAAGCUCACUGCCUCCAUGUGAACAACCCAAAAGAGCUUUAAAUUCAACCUCAACAUUGACUCAACAUUAUUGUGAAAACAGUGGCACUUCAUGGUCAGGCACAAGCAAUCACACCACUACCAAUGGAAACAAUGGAUUACCCAAUGAACGGACUAAUCACACACCAAAACUCGAUCCAUUUGGCAUGAGACUUCCUCUCUCACCCAACGAAGUCCUUCGAUAUUAUGGACUAAGGAUGAAUGCUUUCGAGCGAGCUGAGGUAAUGCAUUAUCCUGAGGUUUGGUAUCUUGGUCUAGAUGCAGCCAAGAUUGAUGGCGAUGAAACUUGUGGACAGAAUCAUGGUUACGAUGAUGACAAUGGCUCAUACGUAAAGGUUCUUCAUGAUCAUAUCGCUUAUCGAUAUGAAAUUCUCGAAAUCAUUGGUAAAGGAUCUUUCGGCCAAGUAAUCAAAGCGCUGGACCAUAAAACAGGCGAUCAUGUUGCCCUCAAGAUUAUCCGAAACAAGAAAAGAUUUCAUCAACAGGCUUUGGUUGAGGUCAAAAUUUUGGAACAUUUGACGAAAAAAGAUAAAGACGGCAUUCACAAUGUUAUCCACAUGUUUGAUUACUUCUACUUCCGUAAUCAUCUCUGCAUCACAUUUGAACUUCUCGGAAUGAACCUGUACGAGUUGAUCAAGAGACACAAUUAUCAAGGAUUUUCAACCAAUUUAAUAAGAAAGUUUACUCAUGCACUUGUUCAGUGUCUGAGUUUACUUUACCGAGAAAACAUUAUCCACUGUGAUUUAAAGCCUGAAAAUAUACUUUUACGAACGACCACUGGAGGCCCCAUUAAAGUGAUCGACUUUGGAAGCUCAUGUUUCUCCCAUCAACGGGUUUACACUUAUAUUCAAUCACGAUUUUAUCGAUCUCCUGAGGUCAUCUUGGGCAUGCCUUAUGGAACUGCCAUUGACAUUUGGAGUCUUGGCUGUAUCCUGGCUGAGCUGUUUACUGGUUAUCCAUUGUUUCCAGGAGAAAAUGAAGCUGAUCAAUUAGCAUGUAUCAUGGAGAUUCUGGGCAUUCCACCUUCUUCAGUAUUGGAAUCUGCUUCUCGAAGGCGACUAUUUUUUGAUUCUCGUGGUAAUCCAAGGAAUAUAACCAAUAGUCGAGGAAAAAAGCGCAAACCUGGCUCAAAGCCACUUAGUCAAGCACUUAAAUGUACCAAUGAUGAUUUUGUUGAUUUUUUAAGUCGUUGCUUAGAUUGGAGCCCACAUCAUAGGAUCACACCUGAUGAAGCAUUGAAACAUCCAUGGUUGACUAUGUCUCAGAAAAAUGAAAAACAAAUAUCAAAUCAAGUUAAUCAAGUUAAUCAAGUUAAUCAAGUAAACAAUUCAGAUAAUCGUCGGAGUGCCAUUAAACCCAUCCAAAGUGUCACUUGUCGAGAAACUGAAACAGAACCCCUAUCAACAUCAACUGUUUACAGAUUUUUCAAAAACAAUAAAAACAGUGCCUCUAAAGUAACCCGAAAAGAUUGUUCAUCGGGUAUAGGAUCAAGUUUAACCAAAGCGUCAUCAGAUGAAUCUCUUAAUAUCAAGUCCAUUGUUGAAUCAGCAAACCGAACCAUUGACACAUCAUCCAUGACUCGUUCCAGCAAUGAAGGUCUCACCGAUUCUGGAACUUUUUUACCACCCAUAUUAUAAAGACUAACGCCAUGAUUAAGAGGUUUAUAUUUUAUACCUUGCUUUUAUUUCUGUUUUUGCUGUUGCCAUUGUCAGUGGAUCCAAUUCAUCUUUGGUAAAAAAAGAAUCCAAAUCAAGAUUAAAGACUCGAGUCACCCAUAGAAUCAAAGAGUUACCAGUUUAGACAACUGAAUUAUUCAACCAAGCGGCAAAAUAAUGAUCAAAUCCUGUGCGCUCUUAAAACUGCUGAACCAAAAGCCAACCACUCUCAUCAUGAUAACUCAAAAGCCUAAAUAAAUCAACUAAACCAAUCAUCACAAUUGUAAUUUGAAAGAAAACAAAAAACUGGAUCCUGGAAAAGGAGACGAAUUUCAUCUGAAGCGCUCUAAAGUCGAACAAAAAAGCAGCGAAAAAAGUGAACCAACAAUCAGCAUUAAACAAAAGAACAAAAUCGCAGAAAAAAACGAAUCAAAAGAAAUAUAUUGUAAUUGAUACAACAAACUACAAAUAUCCAAUCGUCAAAUUAUGUGACAUUCAAUUCUAUUUGUUGUUAAAAUUGUUAUUUUACAAUCAAAUUAAAAUGUUGCCCUUUUCUCAUUUCACUU